AUGCCCGGCCAAGAUAUUCAUAAUAAGAAGGACAUCAAUGAAAUAUAUCUAUGUCCUGUAUGUGAAUUAAUACUCAAGAAUCCAUGUCAAUUACCGUGUGGCGAUCGAUUAUGUCAGGAAUGUAUUCCAGCACUUAUAAGAGAAGAUGCAAUAUUCAAAUGUCCCGUAUGUGCAGAAAGUGUACACACAUCGAACCUUAUGGUUGACAAAGGAUUUGGGAGAGAUUUAGAUCAAUUGGAAGUAAUAUGCAUCGAAAAACGUAAUAAUUGUGAAUGGGCAGGAAAAUUAAAGUACUAUCAGGAUCAUUUAAAUAACGAUCAUUUGAAUUAUUCAUGUAAUUUAUGUCAGGAAAAGUUUGCGACACCAAUCGCGUUAAAUGAACACAAAGAAUGUGUUCAUUAA